CGUUGGAACAAAAGGGAGCGCAGUAGCUAGCUCAGGAUAAGGUUCAGACUUUGAGCAUAACCCAACAUGUGGCUCUGCAUUUUCUGACUUGAUUAUCUUCAUCAAUCAACCCCGUAUUAUUCUUUUCCGAUCACAAUAAUUCUUUUUUCAUUAUGCAAAUGGCCUUAAAUUCUCCCCUGUUUCGCCUCUCACCAAAGAACCACCAGCAGAGCACCACCCCUGUAAAGCCCUUCUUCAACCACCCUUUUCACUACAGCCUUAACAGAGCUCACAAGUAUAAGAUUUUCAUAAACAGCAAGACGGUAUCUGCAAAUGCGUCAUUAUCUGUUUCUGUACCAAGUGAUGCGAGAAUUCAGGUGGCUGAUAUCAAAAAAAGUUCCGUAAAGUGGGAAUGGAAAGGCCAUUCAGUUAAUUACUUUGUCUAUAAAACUUCUCAAGAAUCUUUGAGUUCCAAUUCUGCGCCAGUUCUUCUAGUUCACGGGUUCGGUGCAUCUAUUCCACAUUGGCGCAACAACAUCAAAGUUAUAGCUCAGGACCGCGAUGUUUAUGCAAUUGAUCUUCUUGGUUUUGGUGAUUCUGAUAAACCUAUUGGUUAUCAGUACACAAUGGAGAAAUGGGCUGAACUGAUUCUAGAUUUUGUGGAUCAAAUUGUUAAGGAACCUACUGUUCUCAUUGGAAACUCAGUUGGAAGCCUUGCCUGUGUCAUUGCAGCCGCGGAGUCAAACUCAUCACCCAAGUCUCUGAUAAAAGGUCUUGUUUUGUUAAAUUGUGCAGGAGGGAUGAACAACAAGGCCGUCGUAGAUGACUGGAGGAUCAAGCUUCUGUUUCCUCUGCUUUGGCUUAUUGAUUUCUUGUUAAACCAAAGAUGGAUUGCUUCAUUCAUCUUCGAAAGAGUGAAACAAAAAGAAAGCUUAAAGAACAUCCUGUCAUCUGUUUAUGCAAACAAAGAAUCAGUGGAUGAUGAACUAGUGGAGAUCAUCAAGACUCCAGCAGAUGGGGAAGGUGCACUUGAUGCAUUUGUCGCCAUUGUUACCGGACCACCAGGUCCAAAUCCAGUACAGUUGAUGCCGAAAAUUACCAUGCCCGUUUUGAUUCUGUGGGGUGAUGAAGAUCCAUUUACUCCUCUUGAUGGUCCUGUCGGCAAUUAUUUUUCAUCUUUACCUACUUCUCAAGGAUCUAGUAAUGUUAGCUUGGCUGUUUUACAAGGUGUUGGUCAUUGCCCACAUGAUGACAGGCCAGAGUUGGUUCAUGAAAAGCUUCUGCCUUGGUUGGCUCUUCUUCCUGCAUAAGAAAAAUUCUGUAAUUCUACUAUUCUUGUUUAGGAACAUAUAUAAACCUCGUUAUUUUUUCUC